UCCUCCCUAGCGGAACGUCUCUCGCAGCGGAUGAUAAGCGAAAGGGCGUUUAUUUUCAGCUCAUCCAAAACCGGAGUUUCAGCCGUCUUUGUUCAAAACCGGAGUUUCAGCCGCCUUUCCGUCCAAUCUCCACUACUCCUGAACUUAUCUCUCUUCCAUCCGCGAGCUUUCAUUUCGACUAUACACCGCGAGUAUCGGAGAUUCCGCAAGCGCCGCUUUGAUGACGUCGUCUCCAGGUGAUGCUGCGGUGGAGUCCCAUUGCGCCGUAGCGAGUCCGGCUCGGUUUCAAUCCGAGUCCGUGUCGCAGAACCGACAGAAGCGGCAAGUCCGGUUCUCGGAGCUCCUGGACGAAUUCGCCUCUCUCAGCCUCAUAUCCCUCGAUAUUGCCGACUCAGUCCCUGAGAGAAAUUAUAAUGGAUAUGAAGAGAAGGCGAGGGUCGUCGAGCCUAGCUCUCCUCACUUGGAGAAAAGCGAAAAGCGUCUCAAGAUUGCGGCAGGCGACCCUAUCGCAGCGGCCUCCCCGCCUGCCAAGGACACUAGACGACCAGCCAACGGGGUCGCGCGCAACCAGCUUCCUAAAGCUCGCUCUCUAACUCUUCAAUCGCGCAGAGCGUUCGCGGAUGCUGCGCUUUCGCUCUCCGUUUCGCGCUACCCACGGUGUUGUUCGGAAGGCAGCACUGCGCAUCGAAUUGCGGAAUCCGGAUCGUGCGUCUUCCAGGGUAUGUACAGGGUUACGGUUAAGGCUAAAGACGAUUGCCCUUGCGAAGACCCCGGUUCGGCUUCAACUGCUGCGUCGUCUGAAACAGCGGGGCGGGUCGAAGUAGGGAAUGGAAUUCAUGCGUGGAAUGCGGGAGGAGCAGGAGGAAGACUGGCGGCGAAGAGGCAACAUGAGGAGCUUUCACGAGCAGCAGGUUUAUGGGACGUGAAGAGGGCGGUGGAAAAGAACGAGGAGUGGUUGGUGGGGAAAAGGGAGGCGGUAUUGGGGACGAUAUUUGGCACACCUAAAGCUGAAGUACGGGUUUGAUAUGCCAGGAUAAUGCUGUUUUCACCUCAUUUAUCCUAGAAACCCUAUUUUUACCUUGUCGGAGACACUUGGAACAAGGAG